CCCUGCAAGGCUUCUUAGUCGAGGUUCAGUAGGCCGCGGAGUCAGCGGAACCAGAGAAGAAGCCAUCGGCUCGACAGAAGAGCGGCGACAAGACGUCGACGCGCCGCCCUGGCGGCCAGAGGACGUUAGCUCUUUAGCCUCGGAGGCCUGGUGAGGAUGAGGCUAACGUCCUUGGGCCUCUUCAGCACCUGCACGACACUGUUCGUGCUCGUAGCCACCGUGUACUGGAGGUUUGAGCACUCGGUCGAGGUCCUCGGGUACCUCUUAUGCCUGCUGACAUGCCUGUGCCUGGGAGCCAUCGCUGGGUAAGAAAUAUGCACCGCAGAAGCAUGGAUCUUGGCCCAUGAUUCAUAACUCGUUGUGUGGAUUCGGGUGUGUUGGUUUCAGUGUUGUGGGGCUGAUGUGUGACAUCAUACGGCCACCAAGCCGUGUCUCUGCCCACCCGCCAGCCCAUGGCGUCGCCAGCAACACGGUUCCGCUUCAGACGAGCCACCUCGCCCACGGCACACCCAUCCUCUGCUCGCACAACCCGGGCACAGACGUCAUGAGCGUGAGCAGCACCCACCGCACCAUCGCCACCUGGACAGCACCGCUCACUCUCACCCCACAGCACGCGUCACCCACCUCCGGCAACGUCAGCAACACAACUGCUCUCUCCUCUCCCGCUGUGCCCGAGUCUCCCCCACGCGCCGUCGGCCAGCCCGACGCAGAGGGGUUCUACGACGCCAUGAGUGCCACCAAGGCGUCGGUGGGCUGCCAGGCGACCUACCUGUGGGUGGCACACCGUGGCAAGCAGGAGAAGGCGCAGACCGUCAAGGGGCGGGAGGAGGUGCAGGACCCGACGGUCCCUACCCCAUCGCCGCAGCGGCAGCAGCGGCCACCGUCCAAGGACAAGAGGAGGAGCACCAGGGAGGGCGGCAUCGGGGCGGACGUGCGGCGCCACAGCAAGAUAGCGGACAUGGCUGCCUACUUCUUGCCAUUCCUCGCCAAGCAACUGGGGGUCAAGAAGCUCAAGGACCUUCCCAACACACUCACCGGUCUGGCCAAGGCGGUGGCCAACCAGGACAAGACGGACACCAAGACUGACAACAAACACAAGCCCGCCAGUCCCCCCAAGCAGACCACCCAGCCCCAGCCCGCUCCCGCGGCGGCUGGCACCGACACGGCCACUGCCAAGAAGCCCGCUGUGGCCAAGCCCAAGAACGGCAUCCCUCCCCGGCCCAAGGGGAAGCUGCCCCCUCCCCCGCCGCCCCGGGGCAAAGGUCCGCCCAUCAAGAAGGCGUCGGCUGCCAGCAGCGGUGCGCUGGUCAAGGCCAAAUCGGCCGGCGGCGCGGCCCUCCCGCUGGGCAAGAAGCUGCACGUCACUAGCAUACCUGACGAUAGGUUGGAGAAGUCUCUCUUCAAGGUGAGUGAGGGGAAAAAAGGGCGGGUGCGAAGCGAAGCGGGAGGGAGGGAGAUGAAUGAAUUGUUCUGUGUGUGUGUGUGUGUGUGUGUGUGCGUGUGUGUGUAUAGGAGACAGCGUUGGACGAGACCAAGUUGCGGAUGGUGUUGGAUAUGGACGCCUUGCGGUCGGUGUUUCGGCCCGACCCGCCGGCCAAGCGGCAGGAGACGAAGCCGCACCACAUUGCCGAGAAGGACCGCACUCAGCCACAAAAGAAGAAGAUCCUCACUGACGGACGCGCACAGGUGGGCGUGAGGGAGGGAGGGAGGGAGAGGCCCACACCCCACGACCACACAACACCGAUACCCGCAAUGUUCCUCUAUGUGCACGUGUGUGGUGCAGAACCUGUUCAUCACCGUUCGCCGGCUGACGUACAAGCCAGGCAUCCUGUGCAACCAGAUCCUGCUGCCGCUCAAGAUUCCCCUCAAGCUCGAUGCCAUCGCACCCACCAUGCCGACCCCCCUGGCCAUCCUCACGCAGCCCAACCACACCCCUCCGCCCCAGGCCGCCCUGCCGGAGGUGUCCGAGUCCCUGCGGUGCAGCGGCAGUGUGGUGUCGUUUGGCGCCCCGUCCAACAGGGGCAGCGAGCAGCGGGAGGGCGACCGCGAGUUGGGUUUGUUGCUGUAUCGACUGCGGGACAUGGUGUGUGGUGAGGGGGAGAGGAAGGCGUUUGAGCAGCUCAAGAGGGGACUGGCGGAGGACAUAGAGCGUCUCAACCAGGCAUUCCUGUGCCAGGUGGGUGCAUCAGGCGGGAUGGAUGGACGUGAAGGACAUACUCUAUCCCUUCUUGUGGCCAUCGUGUGUUGCGUGCAGGAGGAGAUUACAGCGUUGAGGGCCUACGAGGGGCCCCUUAAUGAACUGCGGGAGAUGGAGCAAGAGGUACGUCACACACACAACACUCACCUGAACACACACUACGGAGGCCCGCCCUCUCACUCUGUGGGUGUGGUGCGAGUGGUGAUGUGUGCAGCUCCUCCCAUUUGCGUACGUCGAGCGGCCCCAGGCGCGCAUAUCAGUGCUGGAGAUCGCUCUGACUGUCGAGCCUCGUUGCGCCGAGGUACUCAAGGAGAUCCAACGGCUGCAGGAGGCAUGCAAGCAGGUAACACACAGACAGAUGAAGCAGACAGCAGCACGCGCCACUCCACCCCAUACAUUCUGUGUGUGUGUGCAGUUGCUGAGUUCCGAUAGUCUCAAGCAGCUCUGCCACUUCUGCCUCCACCUCAUCAACUGCAUCAACGGGCACACAGGCACACAAGCCAAGGUACGCACAUAACACCAACCCCCCCCACACACAUCACAACACAUGUCUGAUGUAUGUGUCCAUCCAUGCAGGCACCUAGUGACACGAACCACCCCUUUGGGCCCUCUCGCGCCCUCCCGCCGUCCAGCAUCCCCCGUCCACCAUUCACAGCAAAGUCCAAGCUGCCACCCCCACCUCCGAAGGUGCGGCCGCCCAACCACUCUGCGCGCAAGUCGCCCCCCACGCCACGCGAGGAGCUGCCAACACGGAUCCCCGGGCCCUCCGCCACCACCAAGGCCAAGAAUGGCGGUGGCGCGGCCAGCACUGCUAUUAAUGGCGGCAGAGAGGUGCAUGGCGGCAUCCGGGGUUUUCACCUGGGCGAUCUGAAGAAGUUGGCGGAUUACAAGGACAAGCGUGGCAGCACCAAGGUGACCCUGCUGCACGCUGUGGUGUGUGCGUUGACCGAGGUGGCGUACCAGCGGGAGGGGGGGAAGGGCAUCGAUACCAAGUGGCAACAACAGCAACAGCACAAUGUCGACCAGGCGGUGAGAGAGACGCACAGGAAAUGGGUGGGCGUGUCCAUGGACAGCGCAUCACAAUGAAUGCUGUGUGUAUGUCGCAGGAUGUCUAUUCGGAUAUGGACGCGUCGCCGUCAUCUAGUCGUUUCGGUUGGACCCCCCAGAGGAAGGCCGAGCUGCCUUUCCCCCCGUUCGUCACCAAGCUCAAGGAGGAACUGGGCACCCUCAGACUCGUCACACGGGGGCUAGGAGGUGCGUGACACCAACACACUCACUCACAUACAAACACACGUCGAUCCAUCACAUGUGUUGUGUUUGUCUUCCUUUCCUUCAGAGGACAUCGACGGCCGUCUGUUGGAGCUCAAGCAGUCGCUCAAGUUCCUGGAGAAGGAGAUAUCCAUGCACGCCCGAUCAUACCGCCCCACGGCAGUCAACCUCUCGCCCACACAGAUCACCAGCACCCCACCUCCCGUCAUCCCAAUGCACCAGCCCGUCUUCCACCAGCAGAGCAAGACACCUGCAUUCGGUGAGCAGAGCGCCACGCCGCGCAGCCCGCCCAUGAGCAUCCGGAUUGUCGAGGCGCCGAAAGACCCCGAGAGCCCCACCCGGCUCGCCAAGCCAGCCGUCAGUCCAUCGCCCUCUCCAGAUCUGCUGUCGCCCAUCCCUCCCAAGCCCACCAACCAGCAGCUGAGCGGCGCCGAGGCCAUAUCGCCCGAUGCUCUGUCGCCUUUGCGUCAGCCGUCCCCCUCCCCUCUGCAGAAGAUGGCGGCCAUGUCGCGUGAGGCCGCUGCGAUGGCGGCCAAGAUCAAGUCGCCCAGGGACUCGAUGCAGUCGGUGGCGUCCAUGGCCAGCGCCAUGAGCGGCGGAUCGGCCGAUGGGGGGCUGUUGGAGAUAAUUGAGGAGGGAGAGGGAGAAAUGGAGGGGAUCACCAAGCGGGAGAAGAAUGCACUGGACCGACUGAUUGAGCUACAUGACUAUGGUAAGACAGGCAGCUAAGCAACACUGCACACCGGACCGACAAGAGGCCCUUGCCUUGGUGUGUCUCUGUGUUGUUUGUUCCUUCAGUUUCUGGCCAACUCAGUGAGAUAACGUUGCAGUAUGACGGCGUGGUCAAGGCCUGCCGUCGUGUCCUAGAGUGGUGCGCCGAGGAGGAGCCCUCCGACAUCGCACUCCCCCACCCGCCUCCCAAGGCCACUGCACCCACCGAGGGCGGCAACGGCGGCCCCGAGACGACGGGCGGUGGCGCGAGGGAUGAGAAGAAGGAGACUAAGAUCACCAAGAAGAACCUGCAGGUGCUCGACUCGGCCUCACGGCUCAUCAUCAUGACCACUGACCUAAUCAAAGCGUUUGAAUCUGCCUGGUCAGCAUGGAGAGCCACAUGCGGGGGAGAGGGAAGAUGUGCCGUGCUGAUUGGUUUGGUUGUCUUGUCUUGUCGGUCUUCGUGUAUGUGUGCAGGCGUGACGUGAUCCGUUCGCCGGCAUCGUAUGAGAGUUUGGUGCCCACUGCGGGCUUCAUCCGGCUGCUCAAGUUGCCGUCCCCCCCGCCAGCCAGAGCCCGACUCUCGCGCACUCCCAGGACAGCCAUCAAACGACCAGCUCGCGAAGUACGCAUACACACCACACACAACGCGACACACCACACAACACAAAACCCGCGCUCACGUGCUCUUUGUGUGGUUGCCGAAUGUUCAGCUGACGCCCCAGACGGCCCGCCCGUUGUUCGGUGACAGGUGCAGCAACAACUCGGUCGAGGACCGAUUUCCCGUGCCGUUCGCCCUUCCCCUCGCCCAGCAGCAGGAGUCCCCCGCCAUCCGUGUGGACGGUGCUGGUGACAUCGACGAGCACCCGUCGCCCGAGGUGCCGUCCAAAAGCCGUCGCGUGUCGUUCGGCCCCAGCAAGAUCCCUCUCCUGGACCUGACGCGACUGAGUGCUGCUGAGGCGGCCAAGGGCGGGCAGGUGGACGGGGGUGGCGACGAGGCGGCUAAGCUGCGCAUGUCAGUGCCUUCACUGGUGCAAGCCUUCAACAGAGGGGCGGCACUCAGACCUCCCAACGCAUUCGCUUCUCGCAUCGUAAGCAAACAUGAGGGCAGGGAGAGAGGGGAGUGAUGACUCCCAUGCAUCCCUAUCUCUGUGUGUGUUGUGUGUGUGUGUUGACUAUACAGCCGGUGCGUGUGACUCCCCGAGACGAGAGCCGCCGUGCGCCCCUGCAGAUGUCCCCCCCGCCCCAGGUGUUCAACAUAGCCGCCAGCGACACCGACCAGGGCCGGGAGGAGCUGCCCGAGUGGAAGGACCACUUCUGGUCGCCGUCCGGCAACCCCAGUGCGGCCGCAUCGGCAUCGGCGUCUGCAUCGGCAUCAUAUCCGGCGUCGCGCACCGUGAGCCACAUGGAGAGUGAGGUGUCGGGCCACAUGGAGAGUGAGGUGUCGGCGGAGGACCCUGAUGCGGCCGAGGCCGACUGACCGACUAACGCAGCCGUGCAUCAGUACACACAUACAUGUACAUGUGCAAUUUAUGUAUGUGAG